ACUGGCCCCUCCUCAGCGUACCGGUAGUUUCCUCUUAGUUACCACUCCCUUUAGUUCUUGGUGUUGGCACCAUCCCAACCUCUACGAUUGAAUUGAAUCGAAGUGGUCAACUUUGCUAGCUAGCUAGCUAGUGGUAUUAUAGUAAAGAUACCAUACCAUGAUGUCUGCUGGUGGCACGGACCAUGGUCUACUGCAGAGCCUUCGAGACAAUAGUAUCCUCAAGUUGCAUUUGCAGUUGGAGUAUCGAAUCGAGCUGGUUCCCUUGUUGGAAGCGAUUCGGGAGAAUCACAGUGUGGAAGAAGUGAAUUUGGAAUUGCACGAUACAUUUCAACAACGAGACGAUGCCGAUGUGGUCAUUGAACAAGUCAUGGAAGUUUUCGAUGCAUUGAGUCGACUGCCUCGUCUGUGUCGAUUGUGGAUUGAUUCCGGUCAAGAACAAGCCAUGCCCUUUUUCGUCUUGUCCGUGUUGGCACUCGUGUUGGUACUACGGCAAGCACCGCAGUUGGCGCGGUUGGCACUCUUUGAUAUCGAAUUGCACGGAAAUUCUUUGGAGGAGUGGAAACAGUUGGAAUUGGCAUUGCGAGAAUGCGGGCUCCAGUUGCAAAGCUGUGGAUUGGUAGGAUGUCGAUUAGCACAAGAAACCAUGGAUUUGACAGCAAUCACCGAUACUGCAGCUAAUGAUGAUGAUGAGGAGGAUGAGGAUGGGGUAGAUUCAGAAACAACAAACACAGCAGAAGCUGGUCGCUACGUUUUAUCGAGUUUGAUGGAACAUACUAUGACCAAUCUACCCUCCCUGCAAUGGCUGGAAUGGACGGGACAAGAAGCCAAUUCUCUAGGAUGUUUGACUCCCUCCAGUCUCCACAAACUGUGUCUUUCGUCGAGUUUGACCAAAUUGACAUUGGAAUCCUUUGAAUUGCACGAUCGACAUUUGGUGGCCAUGGCAGCGGCGUUGGAAACCUCGCAGACGGUCCAAGAACUCAAAAUUGCCUGCCAUCAAAUUGGGCGAGUGGGAUGCACGGCGUUGGCCCAAAUGCUCUUUGUCAAUACCAGUCUUCAGAAUCUCACGUGGCAGCUCGAAGAGUUGGUCCGGCUUUCUAUUUCAACAACAAUCACCACAGACCAACAGCAACUAGAAAAUGAACAAGCUGAUCAGCCAGACGACAAUACAACGGAACCAGCAGCACCGCCCGAAUUGGAGGAAGAUCCCAUCUUGUUGGUCGCAUCCGCCUUGGAACGGAAUCAAACACUACAAUACUUUUCCUUGUGUGGCAAUGCCACCAUUUCCAGAGCCGGACAAGAAGCUUUUUGCAAUCUACUCGAACACAACAUGACAUUGCUCCAUUGCGAAGUCGACAUGCAUAACAACAGUGUGACGCUUCCCGAAGAACUAGUGGCACAGGCUCGGCUUUUUCUAUGGUUGAAUGAAUUGGGGAGAAAGCAACUCUUACAAGGAGAUGUCGACAAUGCUAACCAACCACAACUACCCCUGGACUUUGUCCAAGACGACCAAGACGUCGAUCCCUUUGUCGAGAAAUGGAUCAUGGCACUCUGGAAUGUACGGCACAAUGUCGAUGGGAUAUAUCAUCUUCUCUCCAUGAAUCCUACACUGUGUGAAUUGGCAGCGGCAUACGGAACACGAUCGUCUUGCACGUCGUCGCAUCGACGGCCUACGUACAGUGGAUUGACACACUUUCAAUUCAAGCAUUUUCUGUCUUAGCUAGUGAGCAAAAUAGUGAAAAAACUAGCUAGCCAUGAGAAUAUCUUGGUUGAUGAAUUCGUAGUAGAACUGUGGCGCAAGAGUCUUCUAAACCUUAGAGUCUCAAAAAGCGGAACUUGAUAUGGUUGAAUACAACCUGGUGCAGAACACGAUGAUACUCAUUACGAAUUGGAGCAAAAGAGAUUGCUGCUGAACAAGAAUACAGCAGCAUUCCGGAGUCAGCAUGGCUGAACUUUCUCAUGGUUGAAUCCAAGCUGAUGCAUGCACCCCUCAUGUUAUACCAGAUCUUUUACUAAUUUUUACACUCUCAACACAGGUCAUACAGUAGUACCUAGUUAGGCCCCUAUUUGGAUGUAUCAAGCCACUCGUAGGCAUUUCGAAUGAUCCAUUCACUGAUUUCCAUUCUCAGCUAUGUAACCAACCCAAGGCAAUGCAGCGAUUGAUGGGCUACGAGCAAGUGCUAGUAUAGGAAGCAGAAUGUGAUGCAAUGCAGGCACCCAAUGUCACAUCCAUUCCACCAAAACAUGAGCUAGUUUCAGUUCUCUGGAAACUCUUACAUACUUAAGCUGGUCCUCUUCCCUCAAAGUUGAAAUGAGGGCCACAUUCUUCUCUGAAAAGGGGAUUUCCAGUAGAUUCUUGGGUUUGAUCUGUUUAGAUGCACUGAUUCCAUCCACCUUCACUGCAACUCGGCUCUCUUCCAACCAAUCCAAGCAGACAGUGCCAAAAUUGCCAUUCAUUGUCAAACCAGAAGGACUGACAAGACCAUGGAUCAGAACCCACAAACCAGCUCCCCCUCUCCACACCAGUGCAACCUUCUCUGCCCUUCUCUGUGCGUUCAGCCAUUUCUGUAGCACAUUCCAUUGCCAUGUCAGAAUAGUCUUGGAAUAAAUCAGCAUCAGCUUCAUAAUAUUCCGAAGCAGACUUGAAAUGCACAUUAUUAGGAUUUUUUUAAAUUCAUC